AGUAUAAUUCAUUCCCUGCGCGCGGACAGACGCAUCUAGCUUGUCUCCGUUAUUUGCGAAGCUCGUACGAUUAUUUUCAUCGUUACUAUUAUUAUUAUUGUUAAAAAAAGACUUAAAGAGCAGAAACCUGCCGCACUGUGGGCUCCACACCGAGAGAAAUAACUGAAAUAUAUCCUCCUGCGACACACGCACCGGAGGGGGCCCGCGUUCGCCUUCUUCCUGUCUUCCUGUCGAAAAAAUGAAAACCAAAUUCAUCAACGGGGUUUCUUCUUCCCCCUCCAUGUCGCUGGGCCUGCUGGUGACCGAGAACGCCCUGCAGGUCCAGCCAGACACCCAGGAGGACUGUGAUGAGCUGGUCCGCUCCGACCAGCCCGACCCAGACACCCGGAGGAGGGCUUAUCUGUGGUGCAGGGAGUUCCUGCACGGAGCCUGGAAGAGCCUGGCCGAGGACCUGUUCCAGAUCACCAUCAUCAGGGGUGGUCUGAGCAACAAGCUCUUUCUGUGCAGCCUCCCCGACAGCCUGAACUGUGUUGGGGACGAGCCGAGGAGCGUCCUGCUGCGCCUCUAUGGGGCCAUCCUGCAGAUGUCCUGUAAUAAAGGGGAUUCUCGAGAGUCAAACAAAGAAAAUCACUUCCAAGGCGCCGAGGCCAUGGUGCUGGAGAGCGUGAUGUUCGCCAUCUUGGCUGAGCGAGAGCUUGGACCCAAACUCUACGGUAUUUUCCCUCAGGGCCGCCUGGAGCAGUACGUCCCCAGCCGUAAACUGGACACCUGUGAGCUGAGCGACUCCAGCAUCUCAGCUGAGGUUGCACAGAAGAUGGCCAGGUUUCACGGGAUGAGGAUGCCCUUCAACAAGGAACCAAAGUGGCUGUUUGGAACCAUGGACAAGUACCUGAGCCAAGUGAUGAGGCUGAACUUCACCAGAGAGUCGCACCUGCGUCGCUUCAACCGCCUGCUCAGCUAUAACCUCCCACAGGAGAUGGAAAUGCUCAGGUCUCUGCUCGAGUCCACUCAUUCUCCCGUGGUCUUCUGCCACAACGACUGUCAGGAAGGAAACAUCCUGCUGCUGAAAGGCCGCCAGAGCUCAGACAAACAGAAGCUGAUGCUCAUUGACUUUGAAUACAGCAGUUACAACUACAGGGGAUUUGAUAUCGGUAACCACUUCUGUGAAUGGAUGUACGACUACAACUGCGAUGAGUUUCCUUUCUUUAAAGUCAGCGCUCAGAACUACCCUUCAAAGGCCCAGCAGCUCCACUUCAUUGAGCGCUACCUGCGCGAGUCAGAUCAAGGGUUCGAUGGCUUGAGCGCAGAGGACCAAAUGAAGCUGAAAGAAGAGCUGUACGUGGAGGUCAACAGGUUCUCGCUGGCAUCUCACUUCUUUUGGGGCUUGUGGUCCAUCAUCCAGGCCCAGCUGUCCACCAUCAAAUUUGGAUAUCUGGAGUACGCACAGGCCAGGUUUGAUGCCUACUUCCAGCAGAAGAAGACCUGGGCUGUGUAAAGGAGGCGAGAUGAUUCAGUAUUCUGACAGCACGUUCAGCCAAAACGUCAAGGACCCACGGGCUGAUAAAGUUUCUGCGAUCUACGCUUUACUUACACUCCCUGCCUUGCUGGUAUUUGCUGGCUACUGUUGGUGUUGUGUUGACCAAAGCCAAACCUUGAUCACGUGGCUAGUAGGUGCUUCGAAUAUGCCCCACAAUCAUUGCAGCUCAAAGUUUACACGGCGUAACUGAAGGCCAAAACCCCCCAAAACAAAACAGAGGCAACACAUCGACUCGCACUAACCUUCAUCGCUGGUCAGAAGUUUGUUUCGGCCCAGUUUGAACCAUAUCACUAACAUGAACGUUCUGAGAGCGUGGCUAGCUCAGAAGUGUUAGCAUUGCAUCAGUGUGUAUGUACAGUAUGUGUAGAUCAUUCUCCGUUGGGAAUGCUGUGUGGGAAAGAAUCGGAAUCUUAACUUUUCUGCCAGAGCUCCCAGUAGCCUGGUUCUGUCUGCUACUGGUGGGCUGAUGGAUUAACAGGUUCGACUUUCUUCCCACUUGAUGUUUGUUUCAUUUUCUUUUUUGUGUGUGUUUGACAUUAUCUUCAGGCCAGGGCAAACACGGUUAUUUUGAACUUCUAAACAUGUGAAUAUUUUUCUGGGGUAGCCUCUACAAAUCAACAUGAAAGCUAUCGAACGUCAGGUAUCGUCAUUACAACAGGACACAUUGUAGCUUACUUACUUAUAGUCCUAUGAUUUCACUUAACUGUUUAAGGGACAAAGGUGUGGUGUGGUGGUUUCAUGUUAUUAUUAUCAUUAUUAUUAUGGAUCACUGUGACAGCUGCACACGUUGGGUCUGUGUUGUCUGAUUUAGCCUGGCUGCUAAACCGUCUGUUGGGAACCAGAUGUUGUUGCCGCAUUGAAGAAAGCUUCACACUGAACACAUGACAAUGGCUCCUUAUUGUGGUGAUGGCUUCGUUGGUGACGUCACUGGUGUUUUGGCCCAAGUGCCUGCUGCCAUGCUGCCUCAUCAUUGUAGCCAUAAUCCAGAGUAAUGAUGCUGACGGUCACGUGUUGCUGCAGAGUUGAACUUUGCAUAAAUUACUUCUUGUAACUGGACUGCUGUUGAAGGGGCAUUUAGUUAAGACCAAGAGCGCUCUGUUUCCAAGAGCUGAGUCACUGAUGUGAGUCAUGUCCAAGCGCACGUUAUGGCCACUGUCUGCUUGAGCGAGGGUAGAAAUGCAGCAGUGCAGCAGACAAACACUGUGUCCUGUGUAUGUCAAGCUUACCUCUGAGGUGCUACUUUUAGGUGGUGAUAUAGAGGUUUGAUAUAGACACGUGGCACAAAGAGAUCAUCCAGACCAGCUAAGUUCUACCUCACCCUGAUUAGUUGUAAUUGCAUCAUUGCAGUAUUUUGCUAUUGUGUACUAAUCAGUGGUGGGGCAUCAUUUUUAAUGACUUUAAAUGAAAUUGUGAAAAAUCAUUUUCCUGUUAUUUCUGUACCUCUUCAUACUUUAAUUGGUACCAUGGGCAUAGCAGUGCCUGCUAGACUGACAAUGACAACAAAGCUUUCCAUUAAAAAAAAUCAAUAUACAGUAUUAAUGUAACACAAGGACUCCUGCUGAUAUCGCUUUCGACCUCGUUACCAACUCUUAGUAUAUCGACUUUAUUAACCUUUUAACAUCCAUCAGGUCGUUGGCCACCCGUCUAGGCUUAGGCGUCAGCGUUGGGUUUAAUCAAAGCCCACCCUGUUGUAGACUUUGUCCUUUUUGUAGGAGGAUAAUCCUUCUAACAGAUUUAUACCUUUCAAUCCUAAAAUGUAUGAGACCUAAUCUAAAUAUAGUUUCUGAAACGGUAAAGGAGGUGUCAUCGGUGGUGGUGAUGACUCCAGCCCUCGGUAUGAAUCCUCACUCUUGUUUUGGAGAAAAGCAAUAAGAAAAAAAUGGAAAUAGUUUUUAAUGCAUGUGAGUUAAAACGAUUAUUCUCUCUUCCUGAAUCCCAACACUUUGGACAACAGUUUAAAGAACACAAACAAGGUUUCAGAUCAUCACUGAGGAUUAGUUAGACCUCACAUGUGCCCAAAACAAAAGCUAACGCUAGACUGGUCGAAAGGGACUUGGUGGUUGGGGUUGAUGGCUGUCCUUAAUGACCUUGUUAACUAGACUAUAAGCGGCAUCAAUAAGUGUGUGAUUGUCCAUGAUUGUAAAAUCUCUGUUCGGAUGAGGGCGUUUACCAAAAGUCAGUCCAAAAUGUGAUUGUCCCAUACCCAAGGAUUCUUCUGUUAGAUCCUAGUUUGACCCCAGAUUUGAAAAAUGUGAUCGUGCCGCUACAAAUGAAAGUCGUACAGCUACCACAAAGGCGCUGUGGAAGCAGCCAAACUGAAAAUGUGACCCUAGCGAAUGCUGCGUUUCCCAGUGGAGGGAACCUGUUGAUGGGGGAACUAAACUUUUCUCUACACUAAACAUUUGACGGCAGAAGCAUGCAGAGGUGUUUGAAUGUCUACUGUGGCACUUUUGAGGACAGUUUUAGGAGGUGACGAACUGUGACUUUAUUUUACAUGCAGGUGUACUUUUGUACAGUUAUUAUAUUUUCUUUUGAAAAUUUUUUUUAGGUGUAGUGAAAUUUUGAUACAAUGAGACUUAAGGUCUGCGAGCAGUGGAUUAUACUCGAUAAAUAUUCAAAUUCAAAGCGUUACAGUACUUGUUUUUCUGUUUUCUCGAUCAUUUCUUGUACUCAAUCUGCACUUGAAGUUGUCUUUAAUUUGUUGAAAUUUGCCCUGACCUUUCAUUGCUGUACAUGCUGUCUCUCAGUAUUGUGAUGUUUUAUGUUUUCUUACAUUCCAUAUUGAAAAAACCAACAUCACAACGUACAAGUAUUUAACAUUCCAUACUCGUUACUUUAGGUUUUAUGCACAUUUUGGACCAAAGGAACUAAAAUGAGUCUUUAAUUGGUUCUUCUAAUCCAACUGUAAUUAAACCCUUGCAGGGGAACAAAAACCUUCACUCGUGUUUCUGUUUCUUUUUGGCAGUAUUCACUAAACUAUAUAGAAAACAUUACUUAACUAUAACUAAUGAAAACCCUUUACAUUACUGUUGUUACUGUGAAUGUACUUUGUGUUGAUUCAAUCCACCUUUUUUAUAUAAAGAUGUGUUGUUUUCUGUGAAGAGCAGCCCCACCUACGCUGUCACGUGGCUCGUAGCGAUAACCUUUGCUAUCUAUGCAGCUAUACUGAAUGCUUACGUACAGAUAACAGCAUACUUAAAGGUUUCAGGUGAACUGCAGCGACACAGAAAUGACUUUGGCUGUAAAUUUACUGCUUUGCACAAAUAAAAGUUAAAUGAGAAAA